AUGCCAAGAUCUUUCCUUGUGAAAAAGAAACCUGGGGUAUGUGGAGCAUGGCAAUGGAAGGAGCCAGAACAACUUCAGUGGAAAGAAGAUAAAACACGAGUUAAUGAAAUUUUUAUGGAGCAGAUACCCUGCUGUCCUGACACCCAACAGCCUGCAACUGUGUCUCAGUCAGUAGCCACCUUAGGAUGUGAGACAGCAGGAAUGAGAGUGUCAGUACCGUUGGCAGGAUCAGGAGGACCAGGGGCCGACACCAGGCCGGACUGGUCCACACUUAUGGUCCGGGGCUCCCUCUACCAUCCCACUACACUGGCACUUCACAGAGCGAAGCCCCGUGCCCGUUCUUCCCCAGGCUCGGCUGACUUUGUGUGCUCAGUGUGCCACAAGAUAUUCCCUCUGCAGCGCAUGCUGACUCGACACCUGAAGUGCCACAGCUUGGUGAAGAGACAUCCUUGUCGAUUUUGUGGCAAAGGAUUCAACGAUACCUUCGACCUCAAGAGGCAUAUGCGAACACACACAGGCAUCCGUCCCUACAAGUGUGAGCUAUGUGAGAAAGCCUUCACACAGCGUUGCUCUCUGGAGUCCCAUAUGAGGAAGAUUCAUAGCGUCCACCAACAGUAUGCCUAUCGUCAAAGACGCUCUAAGAUCUUUGUGUGUGAGGAUUGUGGUUACACCUCCAACCGCCCUGAUGAGUACUUCCUCCAUGUGAGACAAUGCCACCCUGGCAGUCCCGCCCUCCGCAGGUACUACCGCCGCCAGGCCCAUGAGAACAGCAGCUUAGCUCCAGCAGGCCGAAAACUCAACCCCUAUUUGUUUUACUCAACCCCUGCAUACUACAUGUAG